AUGUCUCGAAAUCAGUCGUCAAAGCCUUCGAUGUCUUGGCGCGAUGAGGCGAAUCCUGCAUGGAAGGCGUCUAUUCCUGCACAGAUCCGAUGCGCCACCCGAGGCGAGUGGAAAAAUCGAGAUGACUACUCCUUGAAGAGUCUCGAUGAAUACAAUACCCGAGCCCGCCAUAAUAAGGCCACGCCAAAUGAUUCUGGCAUUACAUGCAAGGAACACUCGGCAACUCAGCAAAAACUGCGAUGCGAGGGCCCCUGCAAUUCGGUCAGAGCCAUUGAGUUCUUCAGCAAGAGCAGCCGCCGACGAGGCAGAAACUGGUGCGUUCAUUGCACAGACUAUCAGAACUGUCUGGAAAUCGGUCAGGUUCUACCGCCUCCAAACUCUCAGCUAUCGGCCGACGAGAUGAUGCAGCGACUGCCCUAUGCUGGAAAUCUCAGGGACGAAGCGGCCACGGCAGCCAUCGUCGGUGAUAUACGCGCAAUGGAUGUUCCAAGCACCACGUCUGCAAGCAGUGGCACGGUGAGAAACCUGCCGGUCCCAAGAAUUAACCUUGGACGCGGAAGUACCAUGGGACACGGAAGUACCGUGGGUGCUGGAAGUGUCAGUAACCGUGGCAAUGUCAGCCAGGCUCAAAGCACCGUCGGAUUUCGCACGGUGUUCUCUGAGUUAAUGGACAUCGAAGACGAUAAUUUCUAUUAUGACGAACCUGCUAUCCACCGUACGGCGCCGUCGGCAGCACCCACGCGCCCGGCGCCACACUGGGUGCCCCAGCAGGCGGGUCCGAACAAUGCACCCACUCAGAUGGCUGAGAGCGUCCCUGGAAGUGUGGCAAACGUCACGGGAAAUUCGAAUAGCAUGAUCUGGGACUCGACAGAGUCUAACGCAGCGAGUGUUCACCCACGCCACCGGAUCCUAGAGGAGGACAGAAAUCCUGUCACAUUCAACGCCUGGGGUCCCGAUGGCGAUUACCAGAGGAUGACGAAGGCGCCGACGGUUGCGUCCACAUCGACGUAUGAUUCCGUUCUGGAGGGACAGGAGAAAGUUGGAAAGAAUGGCUGGGUCAAGCCUGCCGGGCGUCGGAUUAUGCCCCAGAUGCCGGCCUACCUCCGGUUCGAUCUGGGUGAGAAGACUGAUGACUACGAUGACUACGAUGCCUACGACGGAGAGUCGGACGACACAAUUUAA